AUGAAUCAGCCCAAUAUCGGUAAGUAUGCGCCUGGCACAGUUCUGACAGUUGGAUCACAUCAGUGUAAAGUGCUGAACUAUAUUACAAGUGGUGGAUAUGCGCAAGUCUAUACAGCCGAAAUGUUUCCCAAUGAUGGCACCUCAGAGUCCAAUGUAGUAUGUUUGAAAAGAGUCAUUGUGCCAGACAAACCCAGUUUGAAUACUCUCAGGGCAGAGGUGGAUGCGAUGAAAUUACUGAAGGAUCGAAAGUAUGUUGUGUCCUACAUAGAUUCGCAUGCCGCAAAGUCGAGCCUCCAAAAUGGAAGUUAUGAGGUGUUUCUUCUGAUGGAAUUUUGCGCUGGGGGAGGUUUAAUUGAUUUCAUGAACACUAGACUUCAAAACAGGUUUCAAGAAUUCGAAAUUUUGAAUAUAAUGAGUCAAGUGACGCAAGGUAUUGCCGCCAUGCAUGCGUUAAUACCUCCUUUGGUUCAUCGAGAUAUUAAAAUAGAAAAUGUGUUAAUUUCACAAAGGGGCGAGUAUAAAGUCUGCGAUUUUGGUUCAGUUUGUGGAGUUAUAAGGCCCCCCAAGAAUCCUCAAGAAUUGGCAUAUGUCGAACACGAUAUCAUGAAAAGUACAACAGCUCAAUAUAGAGCACCGGAAAUGAUCGAUCUGUAUCGCGGAUUCCCAAUCGAUGAAAAAUCAGAUAUUUGGGCACUUGGUGUUUUCCUAUACAAAUUAUGUUACUAUACCACACCAUUCGAAAAAGGCGGUGAACUGGCAAUUUUACAUUCAAGGUACGAAUUUCCCGCUCAGCCACUGUAUAGCGGCAGAUUGAAAAACUUGAUUCAAACUAUGCUGAUGGAAUCGCCUAUUCAAAGACCUAACAUUUGCCAAGUUCUUGAAGAGGUCUCGAGAAUGCAAGGUCUACCCUGUCCAAUUCGGGACUUUUAUCUGCUACGCGCAAUGGAGCAGAAUGACCGGAGCAAAGACCUUCAGAACUAUCAAUUAUACAAUAGUAAAACGCAUCCAACACUUGGCCAUUCGUCCAUUCCUAUCAUAAAUACACAUCAUAUUAAUUCUUUACCAAGUAUGCAACAGGCGACACCGGUACCUCAGCAAAUGCAUCAAAUCACUACAUCAAAUACAUUGUCAACAUUUAUUCCAGUACCGCAGAUACAACAAGCACGAUCAAGUGCUCACCUUGAUGAUCUCAAGAGUCAUUUUCAGACAGCAAAGGUUGCGGACGUGGAAGGUGGAAAAAUGUAUGGUCUUCAAAACUAUCAAUCAGCCCAUUCAAAUCUCAGCAUCGCAUCAACAAGUCCAGAAAAGAGUGGUCGAGGGAAAAUCAGUCAAAUGAUGCAAUCAAAUCCAAUUCAGUAUCAUCGCGGGUCGCUUUAUGUGGACUCAGAGACACAGACUUUUGAUACAAGCACAUCCCUCGAAUCAAAAGAGCCUCGAGACCUUUCACUUCCAAAGCCUACAGUUGAUACCAUGCAGCUCACCAGAAGGGCCUUAGCUCAAAGUGCCUCUAAAACAGGAUCUAGUAUAUCGACAAACCUCACCGCAAAAGACCAGGGACGCAGUUUGUCUCCUGACACCCUAGAUAAUCACCGCGAAAAACCGUAUUCGUUGAACACCAAAACUAAUGACUUAUCAUCGGAUCAUACAUUGCAAUACCCGAGAUUGAAUCCUGUGAAGAAGCUUGAUAGCAAAUAUGAAAGAGACGGUCCCUCGAGAGAGGACUCAAAGCAGGCCAUACAAAAAAGGGUUCAUGAGUUAUUGAACUCUUCUGAGGAAUCAUUACAAGGAAACAGCCCCAAAGAAGACCAUGACCGCGAAAACGCUGAUAGACAAACUCAACCAAUCUUUCCACAUUCUAGGAAAGGAAAGGCGACACCACCUCCGCUACCACCAAAACCAGCUCAUUUGAGACCGAAAAAGCCAGCAAAGCCAAACUUUCUUCGUGGAGCUAAAAUUAAGAAGGAAGAUCAGAUAGCCGUUUUGGAUGGCGAAGUUGAAGGAUUGACGAGAAAUGUCAGAAAGGAGGUUGCGAGUACCCUUUAA